CGACUUUCGAAACUAUCGCUGAUGUAUUAUCUCGCAACGAAGAACAACUCUGCGGAACGCUGAAAAUAUCUGCGAAAGAUGCAGCCGAACUGGUACAAGCCUGUGUACAAGUGAUAACCUGUUCUUUAUACCCACCUAAAACCGCGCUGCAACUAUUGAAAGAUGCUACUCAUUGCAUGUUGAGUACAGGUGAUACUGAAAUUGAUAAAGUUCUUGGUGGCGGCAUCUUGUCGCAUGGAAUCACCGAGAUAGUAGGCGAGAGCGGAACGGGCAAGACGCAAUUAUGUCUACAAUUUUGUUUAACAGUUCAAUUUCCAAAGGAAUUGGGUGGGUUGGACGGAGGAGCAGUAUAUAUCUCUACAAAUGGCAUGUUUCAAUCGAAACGAUUUAAUCAAUUAACAAGUUCAAUUCAACAGCACUAUUCCUGUAUGAGAAAUAAAGAUUUAACCGAUAAUGUUCAUUGCGUGGCGGUAUAUAAUUUUGAAGCACUACGAAACAUUGUUUAUUGCCAACUACCUGUUCUACUUUCGCGCAAUAAUAUACGAUUGGUGAUAAUUGACACCAUAACAGCUGUUAUUCAAGAUGCUUUUAAAGAUUUUCGGAAGCGCGCUACUGAACUCUUUUGUCUGGGUGCUAAACUUAAAGAAAUAAGUGAUAAAUUUAAUACGGCUGUUAUAUGCAUAAAUCAAGUCGCUUCAGAUGCUUUGUCCAAAGAGGGCUUCUAUGGAACUCUUGAUUGUGAUGACAAAGAAUGUUGGAAUUAUGCACAAUAUUAUAAGCAAAUGCUAUUACUUGGAGAUGGAACGAAAGUACCUGCUUUAGGUUUAUCAUGGUCUAGCAUAAUUAACACAAGAAUAUCGUUAUCUAGACCUCUUAGAACAUUAAAAGAAACAAUUUGCACCAUGGCCAAAGAUCCAAGAGUAAUUACUGUGAUUAUGGCCCCGCAUGCACCGAAGCGUGCUGGACAAUUUUACAUUGACAAUGAUGGUUUGCAUGGAGUUGUAUGCAAUAGUAAAAAUAAUAUUUAA